AAAGGCCGUUCGUGACGGCAGUUACGGCUGCGACGCUGCUGACCCCCCAGCCUGCACGACGACGACGACGGCGGUGGCGACGGCGACGGUGGUGGUGGUGGCGGCGGCUGCGUUCUGUUAUUAUUUUGCCGCGGUGCUUUUGACCCUACAAACUGGGCGAGUUCAUUGCAGCGCUUUCGCGGGGGUGUCAGCCAGUUUUAUUACUCCGGCCUUCUCCGUCCGCAGCAGCAGCGCCGACGGCGCCAGAACACGACGUUGGUGUACGACAGCAUGUCUACCAGUGUAUGUACGCGAUCGCACACCGAUAAUCCAGAAUCGCACCGUUGAACCGCUUAUUCACGAGGGCGAGAAGUCCGCCGGCAACCGCCGUAUCACACUGGCUCGGUGUGAUAUCAUCGUAGCGGGAGUCGACUGAAAAAGGAACUACAGAGUGACGUCGCGAUUGAGAAGGGACGCGACGAACCACGUGAUAUACCUGUCGUCGGGCCGCGUCAUGUAAAGCAUGCUCAACUCCCCAAUGGCCAUAACCUGAAUUGAGCCGAUUUGACCCGAUUAAGCCCGAUUCGCUAGUUGAACGAAACAGGCAUACGAACGAAUGAAAGAAAACAAACGGUAGCCAUUGACUUUUCUCGUUCUUUUUCUCGUGCUCGGGCUCGUUAAUUAUCUCUCUGCAGUGUUCUUGCUAUCCGCGAUAAAGGAACACGCUAUCGCUUGAUGCGAUUAAUACUGCGAGUGUUCACUUGUGAGUAAAAGGUGACUAAUCAAACAAAUGGACGAAUUGCUGAAAUGAUAUAUGGAUACUGUUUCUCAUCUCAGUCGGCGUUCUCGGUGAUAAUUCGAUGUUUUGCUAUUGUGCUAUGGUGUACCGUGCACGGGUAGCGUCAUCGGUAUGGUGUUGGUACAGUGUCAACCGUUACGUGUAAUUGUCUGAAGGUGGUGGCGUGGGAGUUCGACAUUUUAACCGCUCGUAUUCGUGAAAAGAUACAAGUGUCCACGUGUGAAAUACAGUCGACACUCAGGGGCGUGAGAAUCAUCAAAGUCGAGCUUAUUCAAGAGAUCUCUCUUUCGUGUCUUCUUUGGUAGGAAUUUUAUUGUAACAUGUGUAAUAUUUUUAAUUUCACGGUCACGAUCUAUUUAUUUGUUUUUUCAUUUUCGUGACCACGUCAUUGAUUACCAAAGAGAAAGGUGUCAAGCACGGUUUUUUUUCUUUUUUUUUUUUACACCGAUUAAACGACUUUAACGAGGAAUAAACGAUGAAAACUGUGUGAUUUUGUUGGACAACAGAAGGAGAGGAAAUUACAAUUUUUAGAAGCUAGUGCAUUUGCUGAGAAAUUAACGGUAUCAUUGAGGAAUAUCUGUGCUCUGUACUCUUUAGUGAAGUGUUUGACAGUAUUUAAUUAAAUGCUUAACAAUGAAAAAUGCCUGACAUCAAGGAUUAUGGAAGUUAAUGGUGAAAUUGAAUGAGAAUUUGCAGUGCAAAAAGACAAGUGAACUGAUAACGGUAGAGACGAAAGGGAGAAUCUGAACGCAUCGUUGCUAAAAAUUGAUAAAGUUAGUUAAAAGAACGGGGAGAAAAACUUAGAAACGGGAAAGAUCGCACGAGAGGGAAGUAUUGAAAAGCGAGUGCACACAUUCGUGGAUUGCGUAAUAAAAAGGGAGAGAGAGAGAGUGAAAAAGAAAAAAGACUCAGUGUGUCUGUAAAUAAGAGUUAUUUUUCGUAUGACGGAACAGAAGCUACAUCCACGUCGAAACGAGGGGAAACGAGUGAGAAGAUGUUUAGAAGUCCUUGAACGAGAAAAGGUUCGGAGGACUUUCUCUCUCUCUCUCUCUCUCUCUCUCUCUUAGAAGGAUACAUGGAAAAGGUGAUAAAACACUAGUGACAAAAGAUAAGAAAGAGGUGAACGAAGAAGUAAGAGAUAGAGUGUUACAAUUAUUAUUAUUGAGCCUUUUUUCUAUAGCCUUCAUUCAAAAUCGAUCGUGUUUCUUCCACUUCCAGAAGAAUAUUAUUCACGGAGAGUGACUAGUUUAGAUUUAAAAAGACUGAAAAAAUUUUCACAGAACGCGAGAGAGAGAGAGAGAGAGAGAGAGAGAGAGAGAGAGAGAGAGAGAGAGAGAAAGAGUGCGCGUAUAAACGGAAGUAAUAUAAGGAAAAAAAAGAGAAAAAGGGGGGAGGAAGAAGAAAGAAAAAGAAAAAAAAAAUUGACGAAAGAAGCUGAAAAAGCGAGGGUGUAGUGAUUGAGAGAAGAAAAGAAAAAGAAAGAGACCGUGAAAAAGAACACCUGGAAAAGAAGGGCUGAAGAGAAAGAAAGAAGAGAAAAAGAGAAGUGUGUGGUGAAGAAGGGAAAGAGGAAAAGAGUGCGCGUUCUGAAGCGGGUAUUGAGAGGGCUGGCGUGCCCCAUGUUGUGAGCGUCUGAAGACUGCCGGGGGCAGAAGUGAAAGGGAGGGAGGGAAGGGUAAGGGUGCCGCUGGUAUGGAGUAUGGAAGCGGCGGGGGCGGAGGCGGUGGGGGCCGUGGGGGUGUCCAACCACCCUCCGCAGGUGCGAGGGGUAUGGCGGGAACAGACACUACUGAUGCUGCAUGGCACAAACACGAACAAAUGAUCCUUAUGGAAUCCAGACAUAAGCAACAAUUAAGCGGAAGGGCGGGUGCGGGUGGAGGCGGUGGUGAAGAUGGUGGCGCGCCCCUUUACGGUCGUCUGGUAGCUGAGGAGCCAUUACCUCCUACAGUAUGUGGGGGUGCCGGUACCGGUGGCGGUACUGGUGGGGUUCCGCAAGAAACCCCCGCGGAUAUACACGCCAUGCAAGCCAGAAUACCCCAUAGAUUUCGUGAUCCAGCCACAGCACCUCUUAGAAAACUCAGUGUAGAUCUCAUCAAAACUUACAAGCACAUCAACGAGGUUUAUUAUGCUAAGAAGAAGAGGAGAGCGCAACAGAUGCAAAGGGAAGAUAGUUCACAUAAAAAAGAAAGAAAAUUGUACAACGACGGCUGGGAUGAUGAUAAUCAUGAUUAUAUUAUCAAGCAUGGGGAAAAGUUCCUCGAUCGUUAUGAGAUCGAUUCGCUAAUAGGUAAAGGCAGUUUUGGCCAAGUAGUAAAAGCGUUUGAUCAUGAAGAACAAACGCAAGUGGCAAUAAAAAUUAUCAAGAACAAAAAACCUUUUCUAAAUCAAGCGCAAAUCGAAGUGAGACUUUUGGAAAUGAUGAACAGGGCAGAUACCGACAACAAAUAUUACAUAGUUAAACUAAAAAGGCAUUUUAUGUGGCGAAAUCAUUUAUGUCUGGUAUUUGAACUGUUAUCGUAUAAUCUAUAUGAUCUACUUAGAAAUACUAAUUUUCGAGGAGUAUCGUUGAACUUAACAAGGAAGUUUGCACAGCAACUGUGUACUGCCCUUUUGUUCCUGUCUACACCGGAAUUGAACAUCAUCCACUGUGAUCUGAAACCCGAAAACAUACUUUUAUGCAAUUCCAAACGAAGUGCGAUAAAAAUAGUGGAUUUUGGUAGUUCAUGUCAACUUGGACAAAGGAUAUAUCAAUAUAUUCAAUCCAGGUUUUACCGAUCUCCUGAAGUCUUAUUAGGAAUACCUUAUGACCUUGCGAUAGACAUGUGGAGUCUAGGAUGUAUUUUAGCUGAAAUGCAUACGGGAGAACCUCUGUUCAGUGGGGCCAAUGAGGUCGAUCAAAUGAAUAAAAUUGUAGAAGUACUAGGAAUGCCACCGAAACAUAUAUUGGACCAAGCGCACAAAGCGCGAAAAUACUUUGACAAAGUCCCCACGGAUGGCUCGUAUGUGCUGAAAAAGUCAAAGGAUGGUAAAAAGUACAAACCUCCUGGCACAAGACGCUUACACGAUAUCUUAGGUGUCGAAAGCGGAGGCCCUGGUGGUAGAAGGAUAGGUGAACCUGGUCAUUCAAUUUCCGAUUACCUCAAAUUCAAAGACUUGAUCCUACGGAUGCUGGACUUUGAUCCGAAAACAAGAGUGACACCGUAUUAUGCACUUCAGCACAAUUUCUUUAAGCGUACAGCCGACGAGGGGACCAACACGAAUAUCGCUGCUGCCAACAGCGCUAACACGAGCCCGGCAGUAGUAUCGAUGAGCCAAGAUCAUGGACUGGUAACCAUGUCAGGACAGGGAAGCAACAACAGUGGCAAUACGAUGCAAAUAUCAAAUCUCCCUGGUGGCUAUCAGCCAAUGGAGUGCGAGUCAUCGCCUCGUCAUUUGGGGAAUCGACGCGUCGUAACAACAAACUAUCCGUCAACCUCGGCCACUGGGGUGUCUGCAUCCGGGCCAAUGUCCAUGCAAUCUGUAGACAGUUCCCUGAUACAAAGCUCUCUUGGAUCGUAUAAUAGCCUAAUUCUUCCUGGUAUACCCCAUCUGCCUGCGAUGAUGACUUCACCGAUGAUUCAGCAGCAGAAUUUUUACAAUUACAGUUAUUCGACGACUGAUGCGCACGGAAUAGUCAGACAACCGUCGACAGUCUCAACCAGCAAACAAAGAGACCCAGAAAGGGAAGAUAGUCCUAUGGUUGGAGUAUGCGUCCAGCAGAGUCCAGUUGCUAUUCACUGAAAUGAAAAAGAAUAAAAAGAAACUACGACGACAGGUCAAUUAUACGUACUGUCGUCGCGAUAGCGGUACCGUCAAAAAUAUAUAUUAGGUGAUUAUAUAUACUGUAUAUACGAAGUUUAUGACGAUACCGUAAAACCUAUCGUAAUGUUUAUGAAUGAAAAGAAAGAAAAGGAGGGAAAUGAGAACGGGCAGUAGGAAAUUUGAAGUCCUUCCCCGUUGCAUUGCUUUGCAUUUCGUCGUUUUAUUGGUUAAUGUAACACAGUGUAAACGUAUUGAAAAAGAUGUCAUUGCUUCAGUCUAACAGCUUAAAAAAAAAAAGGAAAAAAAAAGAACGAAACAUAUAAAAGACAGAAACGUUAACAAGAAUUUCUUUAUUUGUAAGAAAAGGGGGCUUUAAAAAUAUAAGCGGCUUCUUUAGAGGGAAAAAGUUAAAGAAAAGAAGAACAAGAACAAGAAUGACAAAAAUUCAGUUGAAAAGUAAAAAUAUGAAGGAAUGCAAAGGAAAACAUGAGGGAAGCUUCCUUUUUUCCAUUAUUUUUUUCGUUUCCUUCUUAGUUUUUUAUUUGUUUAUCUUAAGAAGCCGACUGGUCUUACAUUGAGCACGGAUACCGCGUCCGGCACAGAAGCUUAUGAUACUUUGCUUAUGAGCACGGACAGAUAAACAUGGUCUAGUGAGGAUGAACCCAGCUGGCCUCUCGAGUCCUGCCCGAUUCUGCAAACACUCCAAAUGCUUUAGUCGCGUGCAAACGUCGUUAAUAAAUUUUGGCACCCAAACUGUGUGGCCUAGAGAGCGAAAAAGUGAUAAUUACUAUUAUUAAAAUUGCAUUAAACAAGAGGAAAAGUAAGAAUUACCAGUGUAAGCAUAUACUCCAAUAGAGUUUUAUACACAAUGUCACGAAUGUAAACGGUUUAGCAAGUAAUUGCUAGCAAACAGUUGCGUCAAAUGCUAGUUAUUUGUACAAUAUAUAUAGAUAAAUGAUAAGAGUGCAGCUUUAGGAUUUAGCUUUUAAGUGUGAAAGAAAAGAACACUGACAUUGUAAACUCGACUCUUUUAUUUACUUUGAUAAAUAAAAAAGAGGACGUUGCAAACGUCAGUUUGUUGCCGAUAAAGGACUUUAAACAAACGAGGUUUGCAUGAUUUAACAACAAUACAUAUUUAUACAGAAGACAGUAAUAAGAAAGUUAAAAGGCAGUAUACACGUAAGAUUGAUCAAGGAUGAUAUAAUCAUACAAAAACCUAGAUACUUUAUAAUAAACGAUACGCGCGUACUCAUAUACAUAUGUUUCCAAUGGCAGUCGUAAUUGAUUUUUGCCGUUUCACUUUGGUAAUUGUAACAUUAUUUAUAUUAUAUUAAUACACCUUCCGUAUAAGUUCAUAUAAUCGUUUUCUGGCAUCUGCACUUUCUUUUUCGAGUUUCAAUGAUUACACCGAUCGAUAUGAUUCUUCUAAUGAAUUUCUUUCUGAAAUUCUUUCUGAUAUUUGGUUGUAGCGUACAAAACAACUUGGAACGUAAAUUUCAAUGCCAGAAUGCGAAAUAUUAAAUACAAAUAAAUUGUGUCAAUAACGAUAAGAUAAUAAUAAAACAAGACACGAUGAACAAUGUAAAUUUUCGAUACUUAUUAAUAGCGUAUACUGCAACAAAUAAUUCUUGAGCUACUUUGCAUGUUUCUAUUCUUUGUUGUGGCAUAUAUAUUAAAUUCUUGGUUGAUUUUUAAAAUUAUUUUACGAUAUUUUAUUGACCGUUUUGUAUUAUUUUAUAGAAAUGAAAACGAAAUAUAAAUUCGAAUGAUACUUAUAAUAUUUUAUUAUAUACAGUAUGUCAGCUUCUUAUUGGCUUAUUCAAAGCAUGUGAUUAUAUAGUUUUAAUGAUCAAUCAAAUUUUUAAUAUUCUGUUUUUGAUAACGCCGAUUUUGGAUCUUUUUCAUUCGUAAUAUUACAAUUUAUACAUUACGGAUAUUUUUCCCGAGGAAAAUUUCGAACCUAUAUUAAUUGCCUUAUUUUUCAUUAUAUGAACUUACGAAUGAGAAUAUUUGACUUUUCGAGAAUUGUUUAGAUAGGAUGCUUAGAAUUUUGCAUUUUUUAAAUAUUUGCAAUGUGAAGAUUCGCUAGUAGACGUAAUGACUCGCGAAGCGACAUUCGUUCGAAUUCAUAGAUUUCUAUUUCUGAAUAAUGAACAAUUACUAAAUUAUAUUAGUAUUUUUACUUCACUCUAAUGUACGAUCUUAAUGGACGAUCAUUUCUUAUGUUACAUAAAGGUAAAACGAAUUUUUGUUUUAAGUGGAAUAAAUGAAAAAUGAUAAACGCAAUGGUGUAAA